AUGGCGACGCUGACCGUUUGGAUUGUCGCUGGCGGUGCCCUCGGCCUCACAACGCCGCUACUUCUAUCGAUGGGCGCCGCGGCAGCCGUGCCCACAGCCAUGUCUGCCUUUGGCACCAUCGUCGCGGGCGUCGGGACGAUCCACAGCGCGACAGGCGCUGCCGCGACGCUCCAAGCAACCAGCGCCGUUUUGUGGUCGAGCUCCGCGGUCGCUUGCGGCGGUGUCACGGGUCUUGGCGCGGAAAUGGAUCCAACGACCAAGAACCUCUUGAUUGCUGGCGCCGUCGGGACGGCUGUCGGCGUCACCGCACCGCUUCUCGCCUCUUCCGCUGCCGCUGCCGCCGUGCCCACGGCCAUGUCGUACUUCGGCACGGUCGUCGCGGGCGUCGGGACGAUCCACAGUGCGACAGGCGUUGCCGCGACGCUCCAAGUGGCGGGCGCGACCUUGUGGUCGGGCAGUGCGAUGCUCUGUGGUGGCGCGACUGGCCUUGCGUCCGGCGUUGUCGCUGCCGUGUGGAAGUCGACGCCCCGCCCAUAA